GAACUAGUGUCGGCAAGUGCUUUGCUCGGACACGGCAUCGCAGCUCUUGUUGAUUGCUGUGUCGUGCAGGGCUUCUUGACUUUAACGGCGGGCCACCUCACCUCUUCUGGCUCUUUGAAAUACCAUUUACGGUUCGAUAUGCUGGACGAGCUUGCUGAAUUACGACGUCAAGAGAAAAUCUGGGAACAACUCAAACACGCGGUCAGCUUUACCUCGCGCCCGCUUUUCCCUUCCGAUGACCAGCUGGACUAUAUCACAGAAAAUGUUCAGGGCCGGCCCAUCUACUCAGAAGCAACUUUGCGAAACUUCGAGCGAGACACGGUAGAUAUCUUUGUUAAAAAGAUCUUCAAGGCAUUACAAGGCGAUGGAUCUUUAAGCCAGGAGUUUGAUAUUAAGGGCCAAGUCACCUUUUAUGACCAUAUGGACUCACAACCAACAAGCACUGACCAUGGGAGGGGUGAACAGGUGGGACAAAGUCAGGGGGCUCGCUCGAGAAGGCGACUCAACCGCCGGACUGAUCAGUUCUGUGUUCGCAUUGUGGCUGGCGAGCGCCGGACACUAGUGUAUGCGGUGGAGUUUAAGGCCCCUCACAAGCUAAUACUCGCUGAACUGGUUUUUCAUGCCAUCUGUCUUGUCGCUGCUGUGUACACUCAGAUAUUCUCAUAUAUGCAGGACCUAGGGAUUCAAUACGGGUACAUUCGGACAGGAGAGGCAUUUGUCUUUCUACAUAUCCCAACAGAUCCCACAAUACUUCAGUACUCUUUAUAUGUCCCAAAUCAAGACGUGCUGACAGGUGAUAAGAGCCGUUUCCACCAGACUGCCGUGGAUUGGUACAAUACAGCAAAUAAAAAACUUACCGAGUGGGAAGUUAAAUACUUGGACGUCUUGCGCGAUAUCCCUGAAAUAAUUCGCAAGGAGCCACCACCCUCCAAUUAUCGACCCUCACACUGGAAACGGGAACCAAAGACGCACUAUACACGGUCCCGUGCUCGUUGUGACCCAGACGUAUCUACCCCGAAAGGCUCGCCAAGCGAAGGUAGUAAUAGUGACGAGGACCGGUCCAUGCGGCCGUACUGCACCAUGGCUUGUAUCCGUGGCAUUGUCCACCGAGGUCCUUUAAAUAAAAAUUGCCCUAACUUGCAACAACACAGCAGUCCUAGGCAUCCAAUGGGCCCGCGGGAAUUCACAUACAAGCUACACUGUCAACUCGUCCAGAACCGAGACCAGGGAUUUGAAAUACUGCACAUCUGUGGUCGGACGGGAUAUACUAUAGUUAUUAAGGCUACAACUGAGGAGAAGCCGUAUAGUUUUCACGCCAAAGUUAACAAUUAUCACCGCCUCCAAAGCUUGCAAGGAUAUCAGAUCCCGGUCUGUCUAGGCCACUUUAAGCCAAACUCUGGAAUCCGGCUUCAGAAGGUAAUUAGUAAUGAGAAUUCGGACUUCUUCCACAAAGAGCGCGAUAAAUGUCUGGCCGUCCUCUGGUCGCACGGAGUGGUCCAUAAAGACAAGAAGUGGCGUAAUAUGCUGUGGGAUGAACUGACCGGGCGUUUGGUUGUCAUUGACCUGGAGGACAUAGAAUGGAUCAAGCAGCCUCGGCCCCUCCAGCCAACAUCUGCCAAUUCAUCAGGUCGUCAUAUUGCGGGAGUGCAGCAGAGGAAAGAAGGACACCGCUCCAGUCUGCCUGCUGCCUGCAUAUCAUGA